CCACUUUCCACUGCCGAGCUUAUAUCAUCAAAGGUUGUAGCAGAAGGCUAUAAAGAUACACCUAAAUUCAAUGCUGAUGGGGAUAUCGGUGCUAAAAUUGCAUCUGAACUUGAUAUUGACCUUAGCAUGACUGACAAAUUCUCUCUGACAGUUGAUUUUGGAGAUGUGAUGAAGACUGAAGUAAACUGGGAACAGUUAGAGAGAGAGCUAGCAAAAUCUUUAGUGAAUAGCAAUCAUGAGAUAUUUCAACAAUUGCAUGAGAUGAAAAGGUCUUCACUUUGUGUUGUUCUGGAGUCAUUGUCAUGCAAGAAAGAUGCAUCAUUGGAUGAAGAAAGUGAUAUGACAGAGAAAGGAAAAGUAAGUGCAAACAUUCCAAAGAUCUCCACUGUUGCUGUUGAUGUUCACAUGCAAGGUGAAGCAGAAGAAGUCUCUCACCAUUCUUAUAAUAUUCCUGCUGGCACAGUAAUUGCUUUUAGCUGCAACAAAUUGGACCUGACCUCUAGUGGAUUCCUUUCUAUGCAUGUUGGUGUAGACAAGGUUGAUAACCAAGAAGGAAAAUAUGCAGAUGCUAGCGAUAAAAGCCAAUGUAUCAAAGCUGAAUUAGCACCAUUGGUAGAGUCAAAGGAUGUUUCAGAUAUUAAGGCGGCUGUGAUGAAUAUAUUGAAAAGGCCACAAACUUUGGAUGACAUGCUUGAGCUAGUUGCAACAGCUUAUUGCAUCACUGAAGAUCGGCAGUCUUUCUAUCUUCCUGCUGCACCAUUGAGCGCCAAAUUUUCAGAUGUAGAUGGCUGGAGAAAACUUGUUUUACUGCUUGGAUUUAAACUUCCAGAGGCAAUAACAAAAGAAAGCAAAAUUGAAUUUCCAACAGAAGAUCCUAAAAAGUUGGUGCAGGGUUGCUGGGCUCUGCUUGAAUCCGCCUCUGAGCUACCAGAAGAAGUAGUUGCAGCCCUUUUGCAAUGCAGAGCGAAUCACAAGGAAGCUCUUUUAUCUAUUCUCUUCAACGCAAUGGAAGGGAAGGACACAAAAUACGACGUGGCAGGAAAGAUCAUUGAUGAUAAUUGCAAAGAAAAGACAUUCUUGGAGAUUCUAGGAUUCGCCGUCAUUGAAUCAGGCGAAGGGAAAUGCUUGUCAUUGAAAUGGAAGUCUGGUCAUAUCAUCCGUGAUGCAUAUUCUGUUAUAUACGCACUUUUAUAGGGUUGUCUUAGCGGUAAGUGGUUCUGAUCUUCAUACGCUAAAGUAGCUUUUCCCUAAUUGGACUUCUAGUUUAAGGUACAAAUUAAGAGUAAGUUAAGCGCGUGGACAUGA